AUGGAUCCAAGAAUCUCCUUCUCCAAUGAUUUUGUUGUUAGCCAACAACAAGCAGUCAAACAUGAAAACAUAUACAGAGAAGCUCCUGUCUCUUCGGAUUUCGAAUUCUCGGUCAAAAAGUAUUCCAUGAUAUCAGCAGAUCAAGUCUUUUUUAAGGGUAUGUUGUUGCCUGGUAAUGAAUGCUCCAAGAAGGUGACUUUAAGAGAUGAGCUACUUAAUGAUGAUGAUUCACCAAAAUGGUCAAAGAGUUUAAGCCGGUGGAAGGAACGAUUAGGCCUAAAGAGAGGUUCAUCUAAGAAAGAUAAGAAUAAGAAUGAUCAUGAUCAUGGUUUUCUGCAAAGAUCUGUAGUUAACCAAAAAGUGCCUGGUUUUGAACAAGGAGAAACAACUGUUAACAAAGACAAUAUGGAGUUGUUCUAUGAAGGAGGUGUAAGUUUCAAAGGUAAGUGA